AUGGCGGAUUCCAGGAUGCUAUCGACGCAGCAGAUCUCAGAGCAUAAAACGCCAGAGGAUUGCUGGGUGGUAGUCAACAAUCAAGUUUGGGAUGUGACCGACUUCCUAGAAGAACAUCCAGGUGGAUCAACCAUCAUCUUGAAAUAUGCAGGCAGUGAUGCGACAAAGGCCUACUCAGAAGUUCACGCACCAAGCGUGAUGAAGAACAACCUUGACGCAGAGAAGUGGAAGGGUGUUCUAGAUGAAUCUACCAUCGACGCCGAAUGGGCCAAGCCACCACCAGAGCAAAGCUCCAAGGUGAUGCUCGAGAAUGAGAAGCCACCACUGCACACUCUAAUCAACUCGCACGAUUUCGAAGUCGUAGCCUCCAAGACUGCCAGCAAUAAAACCUGGGCGUUCUACUCUAGUGCGGCUACCGAUCUACUCACGCGCGACGCUAACAAAUCAUGCUUCGACCGCAUAUGGUUCCGGCCGCGUGUAUUGAAGAAUGUUCGUUCCGUCGACGCGCGAACGAACAUUCUCGGUGGAAGUUAUAAUCUGCCAUUGUUCGUCAGCCCAGCGGCGAUGGCAAAGCUCAUCCACCCGGAUGGGGAGUGUGCCAUCGCCAGAGCGUGUGCGAAUAAAGGUAUAAUGCAAGGUAUUUCCAAUAAUUCGUCGUACACGAUGGAGGAACUACGCACAGCAGCACCCGCGGCAGAUUUCUUCUUCCAAUUAUACGUUAAUCGAGACCGUGCAAAGUCCGCCGCCUUACUGCGCGAAUGCUCCGCAAACCCGAACAUCAAAGCGAUCUUCGUGACGGUGGAUGCCGCAUGGCCCGGUAAGCGUGAGGCAGAUGAGCGAGUCAAGGCCGAUGAAGGCCUCUCGGUGCCCAUGUCGCCCUCGACGGCCCAAAAUGACAAGAAGGGCGGCGGGCUGGGCCGCGUCAUGGCAGGAUUCAUCGACCCCGGGCUGACGUGGGAGGAUUUGAAAUGGGUGAAACAGCACACGCACAAGCCGGUGUGUUUGAAAGGUGUGAUGUCAGCGGACGAUGCCUUGCUCGCCAUGAAGGCGGGACUCGAUGGAAUCCUACUCAGUAAUCACGGCGGCCGUAAUUUGGAUACCAGUCCGCCAUCGAUCAUCACGCUGUUGGAGAUUCAUCGCCGGUGUCCAGAGGUCUUUGAGCACAUGGAGGUCUAUGUUGAUAGCGGCAUUCGUCGUGGCACUGAUAUUCUCAAGGCUGUUUGUCUCGGUGCGACUGCUGUUGGUAUGGGCAGGAGUAUGCUCUUUGCUACCAAUUAUGGCCAGGAGGGCAUCGAGCAUCUGAUCGAUAAUGAGCUGGAGACUUCCAUGCGCAAUGUUGGCAUCACAUCCCUGGCAGAGGCGUCCCCGGACCUCGUGCACACCGGGGAUGUCGACCACCUGGUUCCAGCAUCCCGCGCUCACCCAUACGCUCGGGCCAUAGCCAAAGGACGACGAGCGGGCUCCAAGCUCUGA